CAAAUACAUUGCUGUGUAUACCAAAUACCGAAGGAGUGCAUCCUGCCCAAUCUCGCAUACAGCACACACGCCAGAAUACCAUAGAACACAACCGAAUAUUAUUUAGUCAGAAUGUCAGGCGACAAGCAAGGUGUAAACGGUAGCAAUUUUACGAGCAGCACAUCGGCGGCCGAGUCGCCGCUACUCUCGAUCUUGAGCAGACUGGAUGGAGCGGGCAGUGCCAGCAGCAGUUCACUUCUGGCUACAGGAACAUCGCAGGCGCCGCUUGAUCUGUCAUCGCUGCUACCCUCCAGCAGCUCGCUUCUGCCAUCGACCAGCGACGCCACAGCAAGCUCCACGACAGCGCUGCCACUGGACGCGGACCUCGACCAGCUCAUGAAAUCGCUGGGAACAACGGCGACAGAUACACCAAAAGUGACAAAUGACGAGAUCAACAAGCUGCUUGACAGCAUUGGGGUGGAUCUGUCAAAGAGCGUUCCCAUGUCAGCUGCGUCGCCCGUCGCCGGGACUGACUCGCUGCUGGCGCUCAGCCGGGAUCUGGGAAUCGACCUGGGCCCCUCAACGGCAUCUCUGAUGUCGCCGCCGCCGCCACACUCGACACCCAUGCCUAACAUCGGGGGCGUGCGUCCUCAGGUGCAGCCGAAUGUUAGUGCCUCGCCGGCCACGCCAUCGCCGCAUCCGUCAGUCACGGUAAAUGUUAACCAGCCGGUGCGUAGCGGCCCGAUAUCGAUGCCGACCUCUCCGGCAUUGAUGGGGCUUGGUGGAGCUGGUGUGCCGAGGGCAGCAGCGCUGAACACUGCGAGUACAACGCCAAUGCGGACUCCUCAUCUUAACCCGUCGUCUACCCCGUCGACGCCGUCGGUAAGUGGUGGACAGGCAGCUCAGAGAACUCACCAGACAUCGUCCUCUGCCUCAGUUGCUGUUCAAAGCCAGCGUCCGGCACAGCAGCCGCAAUUCAGACCGAGUCCUGCUCGUCCUCAACGGCCCACCGCACCAAACACAGCCCGCAGACCUCCACCAGGCGCACAGCAGUAUCAACAACAGAUGCAGCAGCAGCAACAGGCGAUGCAGGGUGGAGUACGGCCGAAUAUGUCCUUUAACAGCUCACCGAGCAGCUCACCGGCACUGUCGGCUACCAGCCAAGGGCAGCGUUCCCAGCAGCGCCCGCAAAUGGCAGUUCCUGGAAACCGGCCGACUAUGAGACCACGUCCGCAUCAUGGACCUGCAGGAGCCAACCGUGGACCGCGUGAUUCGGCAUCCCCGGCUGGCAGUCCUCGCUCUGGUUCUCCAGUCAACCAGAACAGGCCCCAGCAACAGAGACCACAUCCGCAGCAGCAACAGCAACAGCAACGUCGAAUGCAGACGCCGCACCAGCAGCAAGGUCGCCCGCCGCACCCUCAACAGCAGCAGCAUCCACUGGCGCGCCCUGUGGGUAGACCACCUAACCGGCCGCCGAAUGCUGGCGGUGCGUCGGAUAUGACCUCAUGGCUUACUGAUGUUAUGCGGAGUCUGCCAGCAGACCGACAGGAGCGACUUGCAGAGCUUCUGCGCGGGUUCCAGACCGGCGCGAUUCCGCCACAGGUGUUUUUGCAGCAGGCGCAGGAGAUGCUGGGUGCACGGUUCAGUGAUUUGGUGGCUGUGACGCAGAAUCGGACGCAGCCACGGCCUCAGGCUCCUUCCCAGAUGACUCAGCAGGCGCAGAGCCAGAUGCGGCCAGUUGGGCUGGUUCGCCCCCAGGCGCAGAUGGGCGUUGGGCCGCAGAACCCGCUUGGGGUCUCGAUCAGCCGACCUGGAAUGCAAAUGAGCGGUCCCAUGUCGUCGUCGUCGCCGGCUCCGAUGCAGCAGGCUAUGUCUGGGACAGCAAUUUCACCGGUGCUCUCGAUGCACAGCCCCGAUGGUGGUCAGAACCUUCAGAUGAUGCAGCAGUUGCUUCUAAACCGGCAGCAACAGCAAGGAAACGCUGGCCAGCCCGGCAUGCCAAAUAUGAUGCCGUUGGCGAUGCAGAGCGGCAUAGCGCCCACGCAGCACCCGAUGCCCCAGAUGCCCAUUGGGCUGAAUCCUGGAGUCCCAGCGCAGGCACACAAUUUUGACGAUCUGAUUUCCCGGUUCCGCACCAUCAUCACUUUUCCAUCCAUUCCUCACCAGCAGCUUACCCUGCUGAGCAACCAGCUGAAUGCCUACACUGCUGCGCUGAAUGACAGAACCGGACCCAAUGCCAACAUCCCAGACGAGGAGCGCUCAAAGAAAUUGAUGCAGAUUAGUAGCCUUCAGAGCCUGAUCGUGCGUCGGCAGCAGGGUCAGCAGCAGCCUCAGGUGAAGCAGGAGCAUGGCUCCACACCGCUGGCUUCAGAACCUGGCUCGCGUGCGGCCAGCCCCAAGCCUGAGCGCAAGAAAAAGGGCAGCGCCGGCAAGGCCAAGGCUGAUGGCGAGGGGAGCAAGGGGAAAAAGCGGGCUGCUGACUCGCGUAGAUCUGAUUCGCCAGCGCCGCGCGGUAGUGGGAAGCGGGCAAAGACAGGCGACGCGCCGGGACCCGAGCCCAACAUCGACACGCUGGCAACGCAGCUUGCGCUGGCUGGACCGCUGCUAUCACUCGACACGGUUUCAUCAAUCAGCGGGUCGCGCGGAGGAGCCAACACCGAUCUGACGGCCGGAUGGUCGGCGAACCAGAUGGGCGACGAUCUACCCGAUGUCUAUGUGGACAUGGCUGCAACCUCAUCCUCCCGCGUCGCCUCACGGGUGCCUGCUAGCCGCACCAGCACAAUGGCAACCAACGAUGAUGCUUCGGACAGUGACGACGACCGCAACAAGACAAGGGAGCGGUCAUCGCCCAAGCCGCAGCAGGCACGCAGGCCCAGGGAGAAGCGCGAAAAGGAGCGCUCGGGUACCGGCGGCGGGUCUGGCGGAGAUAUGUUCUCGAUAGACGACGUCAUUGGCUACGCUGGCGUCGAUCUGCGCGAAGAAUCUGACGUAUUCCUCCAUGGCCAAAUGCCACACAGCUACAGCGACGCGCCAAUGCACAUUGACGACGACACCCCGGCUGUGCUUACCUACAGCAUUGAUGGGGUGGAUAUUACGCGUGAGCGCUCAAAGCCCGUCGAUUUUGCCGACCGCAAUGUGCUUGAGAAGCUGAUUGCCAAGGCGUGCAAGAACGCGCAUAUCAGCGCGGUGUCCUCGGAUGUGGCCCCGUAUCUAUCAUGUGCGCUGCAUGAUCGGCUGCGGACUUUCAUGGAGCUCGUGUCAGCAGCAGCAUACCAUCGCACGCGCACACAGACGCUGCCGCCGCCGCCAUUAGAUCCACUGACGCGCCUUCCGCUGUACAAGAUCACGCCGAACCUGGACGUGAAGAAGCAGCUGAGUGUGCUGGAGCGCGUCGACAGGAUCCGCGAGGAGCGGCGUGAGCAGGAGCUGCAUGAUCGCGAGCAGCGCAAUCUGAUUGAGCACCAACAGCCUGAGGGUGACGCCCAGAAGGACUCUGACGCAGCCGACGGCGGUGCUGAAGGCGGUAAUGUCAGUGGUGGCAAUGCAGCCGAGGCUGUGCCCCAGUCUGGACCGAGCGAGAAUGGCGAGCCGCCGCGGCCUGCUUCGGCGAUCAAGCGGCAGAAGAAGAAGGACGAUGGAGCCGAGACACCGUCAUACACGAGCAAGAACAUGCCUGACGACCUGCGCAACAAAAUUAGCAACCUGACAGCGCUGCGGGCCGCUGGCGGCGUGCGCAAAUCGUGGAUGAACGCGGCAACGCCGGCAUGGCUGGCCAACGCGUCGUCUGCCAAGGCCACGCCGUCGCGAAUGAGCACCCGCUCACCGCAGCUGUCAGCCAAGGACGAUUUGGACGGCGUCAAGGCGUCGGACCUGCAUCGUGCGCAAAGCACCACUGCCCUGCCGACGGGCAGCAGCUCAGGAAAGCCAAUGCCGCUGGAAAUCUCCAUUGCUGGCCACAAGCGCACGUUCUCGGGCGUGGAUACCCCUGGUGGUCAGGAGGCCGCGACGCCAGACAGCACAGCGCAUGUCGAUUCGCCGUCUGGAUUCCGGAGCCAGCGGCUUCCGCCUCCUUUGCUGUCGCAUCGCCCGACGUCUCUAUCGACGCCGCUGACGGUCACUGUGCGGGACUGUCUGUUCUCGCUGGAGCGGGAGAAGCUGAGUGGUGUGCGUGUUGGCCGCGGUAGUGGCGAGCGUGUGCUGAUCCAGGCGUACAACCGCUACUUUUUGUGAGAUCCAAGAAAAAACAAAGCGACGUCCAAGCUGCCAGCCUAAAAAUACAAUGCUGAUUUGAUUAUCAGGAUCCCAUCAAUGAAACACGAAAAUUUGAAGUGCGUUGUCGGCGUGUCCGG